AUCAAAUCUGACCCACUUCUUCUGGAAGAGAGUGGACUGCUGCUCAUCAACAAAGACCUUCUAGAAGGACUAGGAGAUGAAGCGGAUGUGGACCCAGAACUAGAGGAACGGCUUCGUUUUCUUCAACAACAAAAAGAAGAUUGGAAAUACAUACAGCAGCAAGUAGAGGAAUCACUCCAACAGCUCACAGCCCGACGAAAGGAACUUUCACAAGCCAGGCCAGUGCCAGAACAAGGGUCGUUUUUAUCGCGAAGCAGGAAAAUAGUGGAGUUUUGGGACAUCCAAAAGGAAAUAGGACGGUUGUCGUCAUUUAAGGAACGACUGGAGCGAGAACUGAAGAAGACCUCGGAGGAGCUGGACCGAGCAAGGCAAAAACAGCAUGAAGAACGCGGGAC